AUGGAGGAUACAAGAGGAAUUACCAACAAGGUGGCUCCACAGCAGACUGUAGCUACACCCGAGAAUACACCUUCAGGUGCUGCUCAGCAGGUUUAUGAGGCCUCUGAAAUGAUCAGAGGCCCUGUCCAGAGAAAGACGCUUUGGAAAGCCCCAACACCCUACCGUACUCUUAGAGAUGCUUCACCGAAGGUUUCUGGACAGGUUGGUGGUCCACAGCAGGCUGCAGCUACACCUGAGUGUGUAUCACCACCUUCAGGUGCAGCACAGCAGGCUGGUGAGGCCAGCGAACUGUCAAGGGGCCCUGUCCAGAGAAAGACUCUUUGGAAACCAACGCAACCUCACAGAGCGCCUAAGCAUGAAGGCUUGGCUAGGAUUUGGGCUGGUAAGGUUGAAGCCGAUUGUUAUAAACGGGGCCCGGUUCAACGGAAAAUACUCUGGACACCAACACCACCCUCUCCACAAGAACACUCCGGGAGGGUCAGUGACUAUGGGAAACCUCGCUGGACAGCACCACAGUUCAGCCUACUGGCAAACGCAAUUUCAAGUGAAGCUAAGGCGAGUGGGGAUGAAGCCAGUGAUUUUAAAAGCUGUCUUAUGCAGCAGAAAGAUAUCUGCACAGCGCCGCACACCACUGAGGCCUGUGAAGAGGUGGAGGCUUCCUCCCAGCACGCCAUGACUGUCGACCCGGAGCUCCAGCCUCUGCAGCUCAGCAGCCAUGAGAAGGAGGAGAUCACCACACUGAAGGAGAAGAACGAAGCUUUAAGAUCUUCCCUCCAGCAGGCGAGCUUCAAAAAGGAGGAGAGCAUUAAGCUAAAGGAGGAGAACAAAGCUUUGACAGCUGAAGUGGAGCAGCUCAAAGAAAAGCUGAAAGUAAAUAACGUUCUUCAUGAUGAAGUCAAUCAGAAGAACGUUAAAAAGAUCAGUGAUCUGGAGGUCCAGCUUCUGUUUAAGACGGCCUCUGAAGACAACACUCGCCAUGAGAAGGAGCAGAUGGAGGAGGCUCUUCAGAGGCAAAAGGAAAGCCAGAGGAAACAGAAGUCUACCUGGCGAGCGAGAGAGGAGAACCAGCGGGAUCCUCCACAGACGAUACCCAAAACCGUUCUCACUAAAAAGACUGACACACUGCAAGGGGGAAAACCACAACAGGCUCCUACAUCCACGGAUGCUCCACAGCCAGCUGCUAUACCCGAGGUUGCUCCACCGCAAGCUAGUGCUGCACCCAAAGGUUCGGUCCAGCAGGCUGCUACACCUAAAGACCUUCCACAGAAAGCUACACCAAACCCUUUGAAGGUUGUUAGAUGGAAGGAUCUACAAAAGGGGAAAAUUCCCAAAAAGGUGGCUCCACAGCAGCGUAGCUACCCCGAGAAACACCUUAGGGCUGCCCGCAGGGUUUUUGACCCCGAAGAUCAGAGGCCCUGUCCGAGAAAGACGCUUUUGGAAAACCCCAACACCCCACGUACUUUAGAGAUGUUCACCGAAGGGUUUUUGGACCGGCAGAAAGAUAUCUGCACAGCGCCGCACACCACUGAGGCCUGUGAAGAGGUGGAGGCUUCCUCCCAGCACGCCAUGACUGUCGACCCGGAGCUCCAGCCUCUGCAGCUCAGCAGCCAUGAGAAGGAGGAGAUCACCACACUGAAGGAGAAGAACGAAGCUUUAAGAUCUUCCCUCCAGCAGGCGAGCUUCAAAAAGGAGGAGAGCAUUAAGCUAAAGGAGGAGAACAAAGCUUUGACAGCUGAAGUGGAGCAGCUCAAAGAAAAGCUGAAAGUAAAUAACGUUCUUCAUGAUGAAGUCAAUCAGAAGAACGUUAAAAAGAUCAGUGAUCUGGAGGUCCAGCUUCUGUUUAAGACGGCCUCUGAAGACAACACUCGCCAUGAGAAGGAGCAGAUGGAGGAGGCUCUUCAGAGGCAAAAGGAAAGCCAGAAGGAAACAGAAGUCUACCUGGCCGAGCAGAGAGAGGAGAACCACGCGCUGAUGGUUAAACUGGCCCAGGCGCUUAGCAACCUGGAGAGUCAACAGCUGCAGUGGCAGGAGGAGAGAACCCGUCUCCUCCAGUCGCUCAGCGACAUCCAAGACACCCUGCAGGAGACAACAUGCAGCGGUGUGAAAGAGGAGACUGACGACCAAGGGGAGGCAACACUAAGCCAACCAAAAGGCAACGCUAAGCCGAAAAAACCUUCUCUCUGGAGAAGAUUCCUCCGGCUGUUCAAAUAAUCUGGAGGACAAUUUGCCACCAUAGUUACUCCCCCAGCUAUCCCACCAACCCUCAACUCCACAUCCUUAUUUCCCCAUCUGUAUUUCUAUUAGUCUGUAGACAUCUGUAGAGAGGUGAUCUCUCUACAUAUUGCUACUGCUAAUACCCCAUCGGUCCAUUAUUCUCCCAACCAUCUGUAGAGACGUGAUCUCUCUACAGAUUGCUACUGCUAAUACCCCAUCAGUCCAUUAUUCUCCCAACCAUCUGUAG